UUUCCAACAAACUUUUCUUUUCAAAUAUUUGUCCCCCUCAAUUAUCAAAAUUUUCUCUUCCUUUAUAACAUGAACUUUUAUUAAACAAAAAUUAUAUAAAUAUCUGCUAACUUUCAAAAAAAUUUAAAAAGUGCGGGUACAAGGUUUCAAAAUUCCGGCCAUCGGCGAGCAGAAUCUCGAAUUGUGCCAGUUUAAUAUGUAAAAAGUGUUUGCUGUUCUUCUCGGCAAGAUAUUCACGGCCAUUCUUCUGAGCCCUAUUGGUUUGCUGUCAUGGCGGUCCUCGAGCGCAAUGGCAACCUGAACAUUUGGUGGUUUCCCAGGGAGUUCAGUCAGUCGCGCUACGGCGAAUUCCAUCACAGUGGCACCAAUUCGUGUACUCUAAUCACGCUUCUUCUGGCCAAUAUGGUCGCGCAAAAGGGACGUGGAUUCUAUUGCCAACGUAUGCAGGAUCUACCGCCGCGUGCUGUUGAAAUAUUCGCCGAAGCGAUAAAUAAAGGUAACAGCGCUUACGCUCACCUCAUCACCGGUCAAGCAGGCCAUGCCAGUGCUGUGUCGUUACAAAUGUCGAAUAAUCAAAAUCUCAAUAUACCGGAUGCUUUGAAUGUACUGAAGAAUCAACCCCAUUUCCGUUUAAAGGAGUGGUUCUUCACGCACAUGCAAGCCGAUCCGGAACGUGAGACAUGUCGCACAAUUGCACUUCGACUGUUGCAGACGCUGAAUAAUGGUUUGCAAUUAUUUCGACGAGCAUGCAAGCCCAAUGAGCAUUUCCUUUUCGCCGCCAUGAUUUCCGACAAUCGCACUGUCCUAUUUAUUAUCGAAUUUCCUGCCAACAUUGUCACCUUCUUCGAUUCCCAUCAGCAUGGGCGUGACGCGGGCGCAGUCGUGGCGCAAUGUAACUUUCGUGAUAUUUUCGAUAUGAUGAACUGGUUUGUGACUAUGAAUCGCGAUGUUUACUCCAGCCAACCGAGCAUUUAUGAAGUCUCAUUUCUCCUGCCCGAUCCCUCUGGACUGCCAAAGCCAGGAAAGUCAGAGAAAUUCGAAGUAAAUAGCAACACCAAAAGUACAUCGCUUAGCAAGAAAAUACAAAAGAAGUAAAGAAGAAACGAUAAACUGAGGGCGGUGGGUGGCAGGUAAACAGCGCUCUUCAUUGAUGACUGUGCACAGUUGAGGCCGCCGCUUUCUAUACCAGCCAGUGUACCACAAAUUGUCAAGUGAAAAUGUUUAUUUCGAGUUAAAAUGAAAAUCGCGAAAAUGCAAAUGUAAAUAUAUCUCGGCUUCUGUCUGUAAAUCUUUUUAUUUUGUGAUUUUUAACACUUAAACCUACAGUAAAACAAAUAAAAAUUCCAUAGCCGCAGC